AUAAGAUCUAACCUAUCAAAUUUUUCUUCGUGUUGUUUUGGUAAUUAAUUAAUUUUAAGUGCUACAGUGUACACAAAAAACAUUCAUUUAUUUGUAUUAUAAAUACUAGUUUUAUCUUCAUCUAUUUCACGUUCAAUUUACACUAUUUAAAGAGUCGAUCAUGAGUAAUUAUGGUUUAUACAGAAAAAUUGAAAACCAAUGGAGACAUCUAGCCACUCACAUUACUCCGACAUGGAAGCAUCAAUACGUCUCGUACGAGGAAAUGAAAGCGAUGCUGUAUCAAGCAGUCGAGGAAGCGCCAGCUGUCGAAAGUGUUGAAGAAGACAUACUUAAAAGACAUUUUGCGAAUUUUGAUGAAACAUUCUUUAACUUUUGUGACAAGGAACUGAAGAAGAUCAAUACAUUCUAUGCAGAAAAAUUAGCCGAAGCGACUAGAAAGUUUGCGACGCUCAGCAAUGAGUUGAAAAUAGCAUUAGAGGAAGUUAACCAAAAAACAAAAAGCAAACCACAUCAAAUGCUUAAAAAGCGGUUGCUUCCUAGUAAAAAGGCACAAGAAUUCAAACUUGCGUACAGUGAAUUUUAUUUAUCGCUAGUUCUUCUACAAAACUAUCAAAAUCUCAAUCAUACAGGAUUUAGAAAAAUCCUUAAAAAACAUGAUAAGUUGCUUCGUGUCGAUAUUGGUGGAAAAUGGCAAAAAGAGAAAGUCGAAGCUUCACAUUUCUUUACAAAUCGUGAUAUUGAUAAACUGAUUCAUGAGACAGAGCAUACUGUCACUACUGAAUUGGAAGAUGGUGAUCGUCAAAAAGCAAUGAAGAGACUUAGGGUGCCGCCCAUUGGUGAACAGCAAAGUCCGUGGACGACAUUUAAAGUUGGUCUCUUCUCUGGGAGUUUUAUUAUCCUUUUCAUAGCUGUGAUUCUUUCUGCAAUAUUCUAUUCUGAUAUUCCAAAUAAUAAUAAUGAUAAUAAUGCUGAGCAAAUUGAGACUCUAAAGAUUGCCUUCCGAUUAUAUCGUGCACCAUUCAUAUUCGUGCUGUUUAUAUUCCUUAUUGGCAUCAAUAUUUAUGGAUGGAGAAGUGCUGGUGUUAAUCAUGUACUUAUUUUCGAACUCGAUCCAAGAAAUCACUUGAGUGAACAGCAUUUAAUGGAAUUAGCUGGAAUUUUUGGUGUUGUAUGGGCGAUAAGUGUGCUGAGCUUUCUGUAUGCUACAAGUCUUUCAAUACCACCAUUUAUAAAUCCAUUGGUAUUAGUCGUAGUGAUGAUCGUAUUCCUGUGCAAUCCCAUAAAAGUUUUUCGAUGGGAGGCACGUUUUUGGUUGCUGAGGAAAAUUGGUCGCAUGGUGUCAGCACCUUUCUUUGCUGUACAGUUCGCUGAUUUCUGGCUUGCUGAUCAAGCCAAUUCUCUUGUGAUAGCAUUAAUGGACCUUCAAUUCCUUACUUGCUUCUAUUUCACCAGCAAUGACUGGAUGAACUUUAAAGCAACAGAACAUUGCAUGGAAAAAGAUUUUAUUUUUCGUCCGAUUGUCAAUUGUUUACCUGCCUGGUUCCGUUUUGCUCAGUGUAUACGACGUUAUCGCGAUUCACAUGAAGCAUUUCCUCAUUUAGUUAAUGCUGGAAAAUAUUCAACGACAUUUUUCGUCGUGAUAUUUGCAACGCUAAGGAACUUUAAUGCUGAUAAAUAUGAAUCGUCAUUUGAUAAUCCUUAUACAUACGCGUGGAUGAUUAGUCAAACUAUUAGUUCCUUUUAUGCCUUAACAUGGGAUUUAAGAAUGGAUUGGGGAUUAUUUGAUAAAAAUGCUGGAGAAAAUACUUUAUUGCGCGAGGAAAUUGUCUAUUCGUCAGCGUCAUUCUAUUACUUUGCCAUCAUUGAAGACAUAAUGCUAAGAUUUAUUUGGAUAGUUUCAUUUCUUUUAACUGAAAAUAAAGUUCUAAGUACUGAUUUCCUAACAUCCCUUCAAGCUAUACUCGAAGUGUUUAGACGCUUUGUAUGGAACUUCUUCCGUUUAGAGAACGAGCACUUGAACAAUUGUGGUCAGUUCAGAGCUGUUCGUGAUAUUUCCAUUGCACCUAUCGAUUCGUCGGAUCAAACUACGAUUUUAAGAAUGAUGGAUGAUGACGGUGAUUUUGUGCAGAAUAGAUACAACAAGCAGAACCGACCAAAGACAAAGAAAUCCAAAGAUCCAGAAAAGAAACAACUUCUACAAGCAUUCAGAUCAUCAAUGAAUGACUUAACGAUUGAUAUGCAAGGCACAAAAAGAUUAUGAUGUUCGCUAUUUAUUGUAUAAUAAUUUUUAAAUAAUGUCCUUUUUUGUUAAUUUUAUUCUCAAUGACGUUUGAUUAUUUUUCCUUCUCAAACAAGGCAUUGUAUCGUUAAUAUAUAAACACUUUAGCAUUUAAAUAUUUUAUUCAAGAGUUAUUGUACAUUUUAAUUAUUAGAUUAGUUUGAAUGAGAAUAGAAUUUAUGAUUCGAGAAGAAUGAAAAGCAAAGUUACCUAUUAUUAAUUAUUAAAGGAAUACUGGUGCUAAAUACUGUUUGCAUAAAUACAUAAAAAAGACUAAAAAGACAUAUUUAAAUUAGGGAAAAAAAUUUCAAUAAAUUACAAUGAUUGUGCCUAAACGAAAGGAACGAAACUAAAGAAUGUUAUCUAUGGGAGCGUAUGCAUAUUACUUGGUGCUAGAUAUCGUUCUACUGUGAUUAAAUGUUUGACAGAUAUCUACUAUAAAGCAUAACGUUGUAUGUAAAUGCUCCCUUUGUUGGAAUAUGCCAUAGAUUGAUGCCCAAAAGACACAUUUUGAUUAUAAUAUGGGAGUUAUGAAUGGAAUUUGUCAGAUUGUUUGUUAUUCUUGAGACACUAGUGUGCAAAAUUGUAUUUAAUUGGUUUGUUCCUGUAAAAGUAACGUUAAGACUAAUUUAACACUGUUUUGCGAUUGUGUAACUUGAAUUGGUAAAGGUCAGAUUAUUUGACCAGAAUCUUGUAUUUCUUAAUAAGUGUCUUGUGCGUAGCAAUAGUAGCACGUACAAGCUGUAUUUAAUAUACAGUUAGACAUGUGACAGUUGUGCAGCAUAAUAAAGCACAGCCUUAAUAAAUCUGUGAUGAGUAACAAGAUUUUGAUCAAAUAAUCAGCACUGUUUGAUUUGAGUCUAAUAUAAUAUUGUGUCGUUUUGGGAAAUAAGGCCUUACUUUAUCAUGUACUUCCAUUUUAUUUUUAUUACAUCAACUUUGUAGAUAAAACACGUUGAAUAUUCAACCGAUUUUUUUUACCGAAUUAGGAUUACAUAAAUUCUACAUAUCGCAUUAUUCGACGAUUUUAUUUUUUCAUAGGCUUUAAAUAG